CAACUUGAGUAGAACCUCACUGUAACAGUGUGAUACAAAUCAAACAAGUAAUCUCAUCUGUAAUGUUGUCCUAAACCCAUUGAUGGAUUUUGUAAAUCUUUUUACAGGUAAAAAAUGAGAAGGAAUUUGUCUGCAGGCAGCUCAAACACGACACGCCAGUUUUGCUGUCUCUGUCCUGAUAUUUAAGAAGUGGAGCAAGGGAUUCAAUUGACCAUUCCUCAUUUGACCAACCGUCAUUUUACACAGGAGAAAGGCCGUUCACCUGUUCAGACAGUGGGAGUGGAUUCACUCAGUUAUCACAAUUGAAGGUACAACAACAAGUUCACAUUGGCCAAGGCCAUUCAUCUGUUCUGCGUGUGUGAGAAAGGAUUCAUUUGGUCUUCCCACCUGUGGACACACCUGUCUGUUCACACCACACUGGGCAGAGGCUGGUCAUCUGUUGAACUUCUGGGAAAGGAUUCACUCAGUUAUCUGACCUAAUGGCUCACCAGCCAGUUCACACUGGGGAGAAGCCAUUCACCUGCUCAGUCUGUGAGAAGAGAUUCACUCACUCUUCCACCCUAUGGAAACAUCAGCGAGUUCACACUGGGGAGAAGCCAUUCACCUGCUCAGAAUGUGGGAAGGGAUUCACUGAGUCGUCCACUCUACUGGUACAUCAGCGAGUUCACACUGGGGAGAGGCCAUUCACCUGCUCAGUCUGUGAGAAGAGAUUCACUCGGUUAUCCCACCUCCAGAGUCAUCAGCGAGUUCACACUGGGGAGAGGCCGUUCUCCUGCUCAGAAUGUGGGAAGAGAUUCACUGAGUUAUCCAACCUACAGAGUCAUCAGCGAGUUCACACUGGGGAGAAGCCAUUCACCUGCUCAGAAUGUGGGAAGAGAUUCACUGAGUUAUCCAACCUACAAAGUCAUCAGCGAGUUCACACUGGGGAGAGGCCGUUCUCCUGCUCUGAAUGUGGGAAAGGAUUCUCUGAGUUAUCCACCCUACAGAGACAUCAGCAAGUUCACACUGGGGAGAAGCCAUUCACCUGCUCAGUAUGUGGGAAGAGAUUCACUCAGUUAUCCACCCUACAGAGUCACCAGCGAGUUCACACUGGGGAGAAACCGUUCCCCUGUUCAGAGUGUGGGAAGAGAUUCACUCAGUCAUCCACCCUACAGAGACACCAGCGAGUUCACACUGGGGAGAAGCCAUUCACCUGCUCAGUCUGUGGGAAGAGAUUCACUGAUUCAUCCACCCUACAGAGACACCAGCAAAUUCACACUGGGGAGAAGCCGUUCACCUGCUCAGUCUGUGGGAAGGGAUUCACUCAGUCAUCCACCCUACAGAAUCACCAGCGAGUUCACACUGGGGAGAGGCCGUUCACCUGCUCAGUCUGUAGGAAGAGAUUCACUCAUUUAUCCAGCCUACAGAGACAUCUGCAAAUUCACACUGGGGAGAAGCCGUUCAGCUGCUCAGUCUGUGGGAAGGGAUUCACUCAGUCAUCCACCCUACAGAGUCACCAGCGAGUUCACACUGGGGAGAAGCCGUUCACCUGCUCAGACUGUGGGAAGGGGUUCAUUUAUUUAUCAAGCCUACAGAGACAUCAGCGCGUUCACACCGAGGAGAAGCCGUUUACCUGCUCAGAAUGUGGGAUAGCAUUCACUCAGUCAUCCCAACUACUGGCUCACCAGUCAGUUCACAAUGGGGAGUGGCCAUUGUUAUGAAUCCCUAGGUUUCGUUUGCUGUAGGCUGUCAUUUUAAGAGAAAGAGAUUAAGGUGAUUCAGUCUGAUUUGCAGCUUGUUUAGUUUUAACUGAGGACACAGACACUCAGAGUCAGACAGAGAUGAAAGAGGUAAAAUGGAAGAAUUGAAACCAGGGAACUAGUGGCCAAGGGUCACCAUUUGGAACUUUCCUAUGCCCACAAGGGUGGAUUAAUCAUCAAUUCACCGUACAUCGAAUGUGUAGUUGUCACCUCAUUUGAUCCAGAGGAGUGGAUCUGAUUUGGGGAUCCUGUGAAGACUGCUGAUGUGUUAACCCUUGCCUGGAUGUGGUGUGGUAAUUCACUUGAAGAUGAUACCCCUUGUGACAAGUCACUUUGGGUGAUAAUUAGUAUGUGAGAUUUUGGAAUGACGACAGAUAAAAUCUACAGCGACUGUUCUCUCAUUUUCCCACCGUGGAACCUGAGGAAUUCGAGAUAAUUGCCUUCUCUUGACAUUUACCCCAGAUUACAAAUAUCUCUCUCAUCACCUAUUCUGUGGAUGAACCGAACUUUCAUAAUUUACCAUCUCAAGACUCUAAGCCUUGAUUCCCCCGAGCUCAAUAGUUUGGGCAACACACAAAAUGCCAGUGGAACACAGCAGGCUAGGCAGCAUCUAUAGAGAGAAGCACUGUCGAUGUUUCAGGCCGAGUCCCUUCGUCAGGACUACCUGAAAGGAAAGAUAGUAAGAGAUUUGAAAGUUGGAGGAUGAGGGGGAAAUGUGAAAGAUAGAAGACCAGAGGGGGUGGGGUGAAGCUGAGAGCUGGAAAGGUGAUUGGCAAAAGGGAUACAAAACUGGAGAAGGGACAGCAUCAUGGGACGGGAGGCUUCGGGAGAAAGAAAGGGGGAGGGGAGCACCAGAGGGAGUUGGAGAACAGGCAGAGUGAUGGUUAGAGAAAGAGGGAACAAAAAAUCUAAAUAUAUCACGGAUGGGGUGAGAAGGUGAGGAGUGGUGUUAACGGAAGUUAGAAAAGUCAAUGUUCAUGCCAUCAGGUUGGAGGCUACCCAGCCGGUAGAUAGGGUGUUGUUCCUCCAAACUGAGUGUGGCUUCAUCUUGACAGUAGAGGAGGCCAUGGCCUAUUCUACUUUGAUAGUUGAUGAAGCAGCUGAUUAUGUCCUAGUGAAACAGUCUGUGCUCAAAGCUUACGAUUUGGUCCCAGAAUCAUACAGGCAAAAAUUUGGAAAUUGAAGGAAAUUUGUGAAUCAGACUUAUCUGGCAUUUGCUUCUCAGAAGUCUGUGUGUUUUGACCACUGAUGCACGUAUAAAAAUAUAAAUGAUGAUUUUACCGAUAGAAGGAGUUGGUUUUAAUUGAAGAAUUCGAAAGGUGCGUCCCUGAUGACAUAAAGAGAUAUUUAGAUGACAAGGAUGCUGCCACUUUGCAGGAGUCUGCUGGAUUAGCAGAUGAGUUUGCUUUAACUCAUAAGGUUAAGUUUACCCCGAAUAAGAGCUUCCAAAAGAAUAGCAGGAAUCACCAGGGCAAACCAGAAAUUAAAGUUUGGACUAGUGAUAAGAGUAAGGAUGAAGGGAAGCAGUUGAAGGAGAAAUAUUCUGGUCCUACUUGUUACUGUUGUAGGAAAGCUGGUUAUGUGAUGGAUAAUUGUUCUGUCCUGAAGAAUAAAAAGGUAAAGGAGGCAGUCCCAAAUGCCUGUGUUGAAGCUUCUAUAAACCCAGAGGGUUCUGAACAUUCUGUUGAGGCUCAGUUAAGGUCUGAGAGGUCUGACUGAGUUAAGAAAGGUUCGAACAUUUUAUGUCAGAUGGGAUUGUAUUAGUAAAUGAAUUGGUACCAGUGAAAAUUCUGAAAAGAGGAUGCUGUCCAAUUUACUGGGGCUUCUCAGUCACUCAUUCUAGGAGGCUGUGGUGGCCAGUGCUAUAAUAUUUGCUGUUGUGUACUGGGGCAGCAGGCUAGGGUAGCAGACACCAACAGAAUCAACAAACUCAUUCGUAAGGCCAGUGAUGUUGUGGGGGUGGAACUGGACUCUCUGACGGUGGUGUCUGAAAAGAGGAUGCUGUCCAAGUUGCAUGCCAUCUUGGACAAUGACUCCCAUCCACUGCAUAAUGUACUGGUUAGACACAGGAGUACAUUCAGCCAGAGACUCAUUCUACCGAGAUGUAACACAGUGUCAUAAGAAGUCAUUCUUACCUGUGGCCAUCAAACUUCACAACUCCUCCCUCGGAGUGUCAGACACCCAGAGCCAAUAGGCUGGUCCUGGACUUAUUUCCGCUUCCAUAAUUAACAUUAUUAUUUAAUUAUUUAUGGUUUUAUAUUGCUAUAUUUCUUCACUAUUCUUGGUUGGUGUGGCUGUAACCAAACCCAAUUUCCCUUGGGAUCAAUAAAGUAUGUCUGUCUGUACGUUAGACAGCAUUCUAAAGUUUGGCGAUGAGACUGACA